AUGGUCACUACACGAGGCGGAACAGAGACGCCAGGCGCACCGACACCGACGCCGCGCAGCUCGACAAGGAAAGCCGCAGGAAAGCGAGAACUCGAGUCGCUAGAGACGCCGACACAAACGAAAAGGCAGAGGAAGUCUGCGCCCACGUCGUCCUCCAAGAAGAGAUCUGCCAAGCAGACCGCCAAUUCGGAUGCGCCUUCACAAGGACUUUCGCAAGAGUCCGUAGAGGAUGUCUCAGACACAAUCGCUGUCGCCGCGGCGCCUGCGACCCAAGACCCUCAGACGCCGACACAGGAUGAAUUUCUGCCACUCCGACGCCGAUCGAGCCCCCACGUUGUAGUCAGCAGGAAGUCACCGGAUGAUUCGACGGCCACGGACAGCUUCGGUGAAGGCAGGGAAGAGGCGCCAGCAACUUCACAAAAUCCGUCCUUCUACACACCAGCGCAGCAGCCUGGUUCAGGUUCAGGUUCAGUAUACGCGACGCCCGCCACAACAUUUAAGCAACCUGAGGGAUCACCUACACCCAAGGCUAAGACGGGAGAUGGCCAGACGCUAGCACCAGGCUCAGCCAAGAGAGGCAGAGGCCGCCCGAAGAAGGUUGUAGAGACGCCGUCCAAGUUCCCUGACGAGAUUCCAACGUCCUCGUACGAGAGCAGCACAGCUCCUAUACCCUCGCAAGGCGACGCGCCUCCUUCAGCACAACCUGAAAAGACGCAUAGACGCUUUGGUAGCGAGGAGCCUGCCGAGUCGCAAGAUUCGCCCGUUGCGAUCAAGCAAGGCCACAAGCGAUAUGAAGCUUCUCAGCCCAUCGAGUCACUACCCCCAACGCAAACAAGCCAAGUCGACCAGGAUGAAGCAAGCGAUUCGGACGACGAAGCCCCCGAGGUAGUCACCACAGCCGCUGCAGGUUCGAAAGCACGAGCUGCGCAAGCCGAAGCCGACCGCGCGCAGAAGGCUCAGCAAGCAAAGGAGCAGGCCAAGCGGCAAGCGCGCGAGGAACUCGUUGCUGCUCAACAAGCUGCAAAGCGCGAGCGUGAGGAGAAGAAGGCAAAGAAGUCGGCGAAGAAAGCUGCCAAGGAAGCAAAGGCUGCCGCCGGCCCCCUCGACAAAGAGCCAGAAGUUGCGUCGCGCAUGGACAUUGACGUAUCCAACGGUCUCCUGCCCGCUUCCCUCCUCGAGACCAUCGACGACCAACGCCCUCCCACGCCACCGCCCCAGCGGCGCGGAAAGACAGAGGAGGAACUUAGGAAGGAGAAGCUCAACCACCACAUCAAGUUCCUGGAGCGCGUCGACAAGCCAGCGAAGGAUGUGAAGAAGGGCAAGCUCAGCGUAGCGGUAUUGGCACAGCAGAACCGGGUGCUGCCGCCUAAGGUCAACAGGAAUACAAAGAACGUACGUGAACACUGGUUGAAGGGGCGUGAAAUGGACAAGAAGGCAGGGAAACCCGGCGUUAGAUUCGGGAAGAAGAUGGAGAGGAGGCCGCAUGGUAACCGGGGUUUCUUGAGGAACGGAGAGUAG